GUCAUUUAUACCAUUACUGACUAUUCGCAGCUUGCAAGAUCCGCGCAAGAACUCAAGAUACCCUACAUUGCAUCGGGCGGUAUCGCCGAUGGCCGUGGAUUGGCCGCUUCCCUCGCACUCGGUGCCGCUGUAAGUGCCUUAAUGUCUCAUCAUGAUAAAUUUCAUUUACGACCUGCACGCACAGGGAGUGAACAUGGGCACACGAUUCUUGUGCACGGUUGAAAGCCCUAUCCACCAAAACAUCAAAGAGAAGAUGGUCGCCUCCAGUGAACAAGAUACCAUCCACAUAUUCCGUACCUUGAAUAACACCGCGCGCGUUUUCAAGAAUGCAGUGUCGACGCAGGUCGUUGCUCUCGAGCAGCGCCCAGGUGGGGCGAAGUUUGAAGACGUUCGUGAGCUUGUCGCAGGCGCACGAGGCAGAAUGGUAUACGAGAACGGUGAUCCCGACUAUGGGAUUUGGACUGCGGGUAUUUCAGUUGGCUUGAUCAAUGACAUCCCAACGUGCGAAGAGCUCUUGUCGCGCAUAGAAAGGGAGGCUGAAGAGAUUAUCGGUGGAAUGUCUAAGUUGGUCAAGGGGAAGGCCAAGCUAUAGUUUUGUUUAUAUACCUGGUUGUCGUGAUAUGUAUGCUAAGGUUUUCGUAUUUUGAUGCGCCAAUAGAUACCUUUGCGAUAUUGCACAGUCAGA